CUCUCUCUCUCUCUCAUUACAUAUCAUAAAAUACUAAAACACCACCUUCUUCCUUACUUUAAUAUUCUUCAUCAUCUCUUUCUUCUUGUUCCUCCCCCCUUUAGCUUUCUCCCCUUGAUCUACAUCUAUAUCUACAACAUGUCAAACAACAAUUUAGAUCAUCACUUAACCUCCACUUCACCUUUCUCCCUUCAAACCCUACAAAACCGCCCCCCUCUCCACCUUCAAAUCCCACAAGACUCUGAAGAAGAUGACAACAACAACCAACACACUCCUGGCUCCGGCACCGGCUCCGGCUCCGGUGACGUCAUUGGCCGGCGUCCACGUGGACGUCCUCCAGGCUCCAAAAACAAACCUAAACCACCUGUCAUCAUCACUAGAGAAAGUGCCAACACUCUAAGAGCUCACAUCCUUGAAAUCAGCAACGGAUGCGAUGUAUUCGAAUCCAUUGCUGACUACGCUCGCAAACGCCAACGUGGCGUUUGUAUUGUUAGUGGCACCGGCACUGUGAACAACGUGAGUAUCCGGCAGCCUGGAGUCCAGGCUGCCGGAUCUGUACUCACGUUACAGGGCCGGUUUGAGAUACUCUCUUUGUCCGGGUCAUUCUUGCCGCCCCCGGCUCCUCCAGGUGCGACAAGUUUGACCAUUUAUUUAGCUGGUGGACAAGGACAAGUUGUCGGUGGUAAUGUUGUGGGAGCUUUGAUUGCCUCCGGGCCUGUGAUUGUUAUAGCUGCUUCUUUCACAAACGUUGCGUAUGAGCGGCUGCCGUUGGACGAUGAUGAGGCGGCUAACGGCGGAGAAAUAAAUGGAGCAACAACCGUAACAGGAGCUAACGCGUUUCCUGACCCGUCUUCUAUGGGUUUACCGUUUUUUAACCUGCCGGUUAACAUGGGUAAUGUUCAGUUACCGGCAGAUGGUGGUGGCUGGUCGGGUAACGCGGUUAACCGCCCGCCGUUUUGACCUAAUUGGAGUGUGUUUGAUGUUCAAGUGUUGAUUGAUCAAGAGGUUAGAUCAGUUGUUUGUAUAAUAAUUGUUAGGUGAGUUCUUUUAGGUCUUGAAUAUGGAUGGAAUCAAUAUUAUGAUCUUUUGAUUUAUGCUUAUCUUAUUUUAGGGUUAUUAAUUGUUUGUUAUA